AUGUCCGACUCCAAGAUGCUCAACGGCAACGAGGUCGCCACCCACGCGUCCAGGGACUCGUGCUGGGUGAUCGUGUCGGGCAAAGUCUACGACGUGACCGAGUACCUCGAGAAACACCCCGGCGGCAGCCAGAUCCUGCUCCAGUACGGCGGCAAGGACGCCACGGCCAUGUACGAGCCGAUCCACCCGCCGGGCACGAUCGAGCGGUCACUGCCCCGAGAGAAGCACCUCGGGCCCGUGGACCCGGCGACGGUGUCGACGCCGGCCCAACCGCAGGUGACGCGGGACCUCGACCAGAUGGCGCGCAUCCCGCUGGCGCACUGCCUGAACCUCGACGACGUGGAGAAGGCGGCCACGCGCAUCAUCCCCAAGUCGGCCUACGUCUACUUCUCCUCGGCGGCCGACAGCCUGGGCUCGCUGCGCGCGAACCACGCCGACUGGAAGAAGGUGUCGCUGCGGCCGCGCAUCAUGCGCAACGUGCACCGCGUGAGCAUGACGCGCACGAUGCUGGGCCACAAGUUCCGCCUGCCCUUCUUCAUCGCGCCGGCCGCGCGGGCCCGCCUCGUGCACGACGACGGCGAGCUGUGUCUGGCGAGGGGCGCCGCGCGGUGGGGCAUCCCUUACUGCCCGAGCACGUACUCGACCGUGCCGCACGACGAGCUGAUGGAGUGUCUCGUGCGGGAGAAGAAGACGGUCAAGUUCCGCGGCUUCGCGCCCGACGACGGCGCCCAGCUGUGGUUCCAGCUGUACGUGGCGCUCGAGAGGUCGCGGACCGUCGAGCUGGUCACCAUGGCCCGCGACCUGGGGUACAAGGCGCUCGUCAUCACCGUCGACACGCCCGUCGUGGGCAAGCGCGAGGCCGACGAACGGUACCGCGCCGAGCUGGCCACCGCGUCCGGCGACUACAGCGUCCUGAACGAGUGGUACAAGCCCGCCGACGAGGACGACCCCAACGCCCCGCCCCUGAGAGGCCACCAUUCGAGCACGCUGAACUGGGACGAUCUGCCGUGGAUCCGCGACGCGUGGGUCAAGGGUCGCUCCGACGCCGGCCCGAUCGUCCUCAAGGGGAUCCAGACCGCCGAGGAUGCCGCGCUGGCCGUGUACCAGUACGGCGUCGACGCCAUCUACCUGUCCAACCACGGCGGCCGACAAUGCGACGACGCGCCGUCCUCGAUCCGAACCCUGCUCGAGAUCCGCAAGUUCUACCCGGAGAUCCUGCACAAGGUCGAGAUCUACCUGGACGGAGGGGUCAGACGGGGCGCCGACAUCAUCAAGGCGCUGUGUUUGGGCGCCCGCGGCGUCGCCCUAGGGAGGCCCUUUAUGUACGCCGUCUCCAUGGGCGACGAGGGCGUGAACAAGGUGAUCCAACUCUUGUCCGAAGAGAUCGAAACGACCCUCCGGUGCAUGGGCGUCACGUCCCUCGACCAGCUGAACCCAUCGUACGUCAACACCAAGCUGCUGGACCUCGAGGUGCAGGACCGCCUGUGGACCGAACAGCAAUUGGGCUCCGAAGGCUACGGAGAAGCCUGGGUCCGUGGCUUGAAGGCCAAAUUGUGA